AUGGCUGGGAUGAACAAGUUGGUGAGCAUGGAGCUACCACCAAGGUACCCAAGGCCAACUGCAACUUCUACCAUGAAUCAAAAGCUAGUGGAUGAUAAGUUCAAGAAGAUUGAGAUUUCAUCCCAAUCAUCUGGUGAGAACCCUAGCUCAGGUCCUUCCAUCAAACUUGAGCUUGAAAAUCUAUAUCAACACAAAUGGAUCAGAAAAUUUGAUCCUAAUAUGGAUCCAAAAAAGUUAAGACGGCUUAUUGGAAAUCGACUAUCUGUGCAAAAAAACCGGCUUAGAAAGUUGGAAUACAGUGCUCAACUCGAACAAAAUGUGAAUAAUCUCAAGGAAUUUAUCUCAUUGAUGGCCUCUCAAGUCUCCCAGAAUGAAUGCAAACAUAGUGAGCUGAGUAUUGAAAAUGAUGCUAUAAGGGAUAGGAUAGCCAAACUAAGUGAUGAACAAAGACUCAAACAAAUUGAAAAUAAGUUGUUAAAUCAAGAAAAACAUAGGUGGUUGGAUAUCUUCCAACAGCAGCAACUGCUCAACAACAACAACCCAUUCAUGAACCUGGCUAAGUGUAACCUUGGGCAAGAGAAACUGUUCAACAUCAACCCUCCAAUGAAUCAGGCUGAGCAAUUGUACAACAUGAACAACCCAAUGGACCAGGCUAAGCAACUCUUUAACAUCAACUACUCAAUGAACCUGAUUGAAUGUAAAUUUGGGCAAGAACAACUGUUCAACAUUAACAACCCCAUGAAUCUAGCUGAGUUCAAACUUAUUGGGGAAGAGCAACUGUCCAACAUCAACAAUCCAAUGGACCUAAAUCCUGUCUCCAUGAAGUACUUCAUGUGA